CAUACUGUUUUAUUCGAAAAGGAUGACAUUAUAUUUGUACGUUAUCGUGACAUCCGACAACUUUUGCUAAAUAAAUCUAACUCGUCUUUUUGUUUUUUUCUCAUCGUUAUUAUUAUUGUUAAUGGCAGACAAUUAUCCAAUCGGAGAAGACGCUUGGAAUAGAAGCAAGGAGGCAAGACAGCAUCCAGAGUUAGUGUCCUCUGGCUAUGGCACGGUGGAUCUUCCAUGGUCUACCGAUGAACCGCCGGCAGUGGCGGAUGAGAAAAAAGAAAAGAAGCAGAGUACAGAAAAACCAGAUCAGCGUAACACUGAUGUGAAGGAGCAUAAUUUCUGUGGUCACACAGUCAGACAUGGUUAUCCAACAAGAAGUGUCAAAAGAGACUUGAAUAACAUUUAAAAAUUUAUAAAUAAAUUUUCCGAA